UUCUAUUUAUAUCAAAAUCCGGGGGCCAAAAUACUUAGCAGGUCAAGCUGGAUUGUUUUCAAAACGUUGGGCUCGUAUUUAUUAUCGUGAACUAAAUUAUUUGCGAAGUUUGUGACUAAAAUCAAAAUGGAGCAGAGUGGAUCAGAAUGGAAUAGCUGGGAUACGGGUGAUCCUGCAGACUCAAAUUCUUUGAUGGACUUGUUUCAAAAACAAGAUGAUGGAAAUAGUGUGACAUCAAUAAACGAAGGGAAGUCGGAUACAAUGUAUGACAGCAGCAAUGUAGAAGGUGAGGAUUCAAACUUGCAGUAUGACAGCAUGGACGAUUAUGAUGAGGAAGAAUCUGAGUCUGAGGAUGCGAGUCAAGUUGUAGUCGAUCAGAGCCCCUAUCGCUUCAUGAACGGGAAUGAUGGCAUGGCCACUUGUGAGAGAUGCGGAUCAGUUGGUAUCAAACACGCAUUCUACUCAAAAGCCAAACGAUUCUGCUCUCUGGCGUGCUCAAAGGCUGCGUCAUCUGGUGGAGAUUAUGUUCCAGUACAAGCAGUUCCAAAAAAGCAAAUGCCAGCCAAGAAAAGAAAAUCUGGCAAAUUCAUUGGACAGAGAACAAAGCAGGGGAAUACAAAGCAAAAUAUGAUUCGCAGUUUUGACUGGGGCUCGUAUAUCUUGGGAAGCCAUGCUGAAGGAUCACCAGUGGCCUGCUUCAAACAUGUGCCUGUUUCUGACUGCUGGGAGAACAUCAGCAUUGGCAUGAAGGUGGAAGUACAGAACCUAGACUGUGACCUCACCAACACCGUCUACUGGAUAGCUACUGUCAUGAAGUUAGCUGGUUACAAGGCUUUGCUGCGAUAUGAAGGGUUUGGGAGUGAUGGACAGAAGGAUUUUUGGAUCAAUCUUUGCCACAAAGAUGUGCACCCAGUGGGUUGGUGUGCCACGAGUGGGAAACCUCUGGUUCCCCCAAAAACCAUCCAGCACAAGUACGCCGACUGGAAGGACUAUCUGGUGAAGCGUCUGACGGGCUCGCGCACUCUGCCUAUCCACUUCUACAGCAAGGUGCAGGAGGGCAUCUCCAACCAUCGCUUUGUCAAGUCCACGCACGUGGAGGUGGUCAACAGGAUGUGUGUGUCCUCCAUGCGUGUGGCCACCGUGGAGGAGGUCAUUGGUGGUCGUCUGAGGCUCAAGUACGAUGACGCAAAGGAAGAAGGCGAUGAAUUCUGGUGCCACAUGCGUUCAGCGCUACUACACCCGGUGGGAUGGUCUCUUCAGGUCGGACACAAGCUACAUGCUCCGCAAGAGUACAGGAGUCAGUGCCUGAGCAAGACAACCAUGCAAAAAUAUGAUGUGAUGGAUGCCACCCCAGACAUGUUCCCCCAGAUGAAGAAUCCCCCUGAGGGCUACAAGUUCCAAGUUGGGAUGAAACUGGAGGCCAUUGAUCCACUCAAUCUCUCGGCCAUCUGUGUGGCCUCUGUUAUGAAGGUCCUGAAAAACAACUACCUUAUGAUAGGAAUAGACGGCUCCAUCGCCCAGAACGGUUCUGACUGGUUCUGCUACCACGCGACCUCUCCCUGCAUAUUCCCCGUGGGCUUUUGUGAGGUCAACGGACUCAUCUUGACCCCUCCCAGAGAGACCAAGGGGUCUUUCAAGUGGUUUGAUUACCUGAAGCAGACGCGAUCUGUGGCCGCGCCCGUCAAACUGUUUGAUAAGGAGAUACCAAAGCACGGUUUCAAGCCUGGAAUGAAGCUGGAGGCAGUGGAUCUGAUGGAGCCACGCCUGAUAUGCGUAGCAACUGUUGCCAAGGUGGUUGGUCGGUUGCUGCGGAUACACUUUGAUGGCUGGGAGUCGGAGUAUGACCAGUGGGUGGACUGUGAGUCUCCUGACCUCUACCCAAUAGGCUGGUGUGAGCUCAUGGGGUACCCUGUGGAGGGGCCAAGGUUGAAAACUGAGGUUCCCUUUGCUGCUCCACAAGUCCAAAGCCAUGCAAAGAAGAGAAAAGGAAAAACUCAGAUCUACAAAGGACCUCGUAAAACUGUGUCUGCAGAGAGGAAGCCGAAGAUUCCCCUCUCCUCCCCGCCGCCCGCCGUCAAGUCCAUGUCGUCACAGCUGGACAUGGUCAGGCUACGACUCCUGAACACGCGCACGGAGGAGGUCACAGAGAGGCCGCAGGAAGUGCCACAGGCCUCUCAGUUGCCAUGGGAACUAACCCAGAAUUCUACAGUGGCAGUGAAGAUUGAGCCCAUGGACACGUUAUAUCAGCAUGUGCCCUCUCUGGAGAGCAACAGACCCCCUCAAGAGAUGUCAUCAGCCGAGACCCGCACCAAGAGCACUGACGUCACCAAACCUUCAUCACACACAGUCCCAACAGUGACUGGAUCCCAGCACGCCAGUCAAAACGGCACCAAGCCGACUAAUGCAGCUCUGAAUGUGAGCACUGCAACCAAGAGCGCCUUACUGGAGCGUAUAACAUCAACAAACAAUCCGAUGACUUCGGGGCUGCUGGUGCAGAACAGCAUGUUGGCUGGUCACUUGACGGGGCUGAUACCCAUCUCAAGGAGCUCCAGCAGCGUGAUAGCAGCCAGUUCCCCAGGCAGUAACAUUCUCCGUCAGGGCCAGGUGAUGCAGGGAGCCGUCUCGGAGCUUCAGACCCUGUACCUGACCCAGCGACAUCAGACGGUGGCGCCUGAAUUGUGGUCAGUUGUGGACGUGUGCCACUUCCUCAAGUACAACGACUGCAGCUCCUAUGUGGAGAUCUUCCAUAGGAAGAACAUAACGGGGGAGGUUUUUAUCAAUCUGACCAAGGAGCAGAUAGUAAGUCUCACCGGGAUGAAGGUUGGAUCCUCGCUUAAAGUGUUCGACCUCAUACAAGUGCUGAAGAGCAAAAUAGCUGCCCAGAAACUGUUCCCUGUGAAGUCAUAGUCGCAGGAUCGGGAGGUGCCAUCUGGAACAUGUUUCCAAAGUUCGGGCUUGUGUGUGACUUUGAAGGAUAGAUCACAGAGGAAAUCAAAUACAAAGUGAUAGAUCUGACUUCUAACAUCUUCAUGCUUCCAUGGCUGUACUUGAUGGUGUUGUUAAGUAAUUUUACAAGUUCUAGAUGUACAUAUAAAGUAGUAGUGACUAGGUAUUUUACAAUACAUCAUAAUUUGCGUUUACAUUCUUUUGUUUUGCUAAAUUUGUUAUACCGCAAGAUGGUGCAUAUUGUGUAAUAUUUGUUUUCAUUUGCAGAUAAGUGAUAAUUGGUUUGAAUUUAUGUUUUGCGUAGUAAUUAAAGUUCUUUACGCAAUGUUCCUGUGUUCAAAACUAUUUACAUGUUUUUGCCUGUUGCAAAGUCUUUAAUUAUGGCAAAAAGUAAAAUUGCAGUAAUAUGACCCUUAUCAUGCUAAAAUGGUUCUGAUGCCAUAUGCAGCCAGCGCAGCUCCAGCUCAGCCUAUUUGCUUAUUAGACCACAAAAUCUUGUGUGACUUGAUAGCUGAGUGGGUAGAUCCUGAACAGACUGUGCUACGAGCACAAGAACCAUUUUGGCAUGAUGUAUUUCAUAUGAACAAGAAGCGCUUAAGCACAUUUUUGGUGCUGCAGAAGAAUUCACAUGGCAGAGGAUUUGUAAUUGUAUUGCAUAAUUUGUUUUAGUUAGGUAUCUUGUGUGCCAUGGAAGCUUCAGAAGUGUUUGUUAUGUAUGUUUUGUUGUUUGUACAAUAGAGAAAGUGUUGGACUUGAAGGUAUUGAUCUCAGAGGAGUGGUUACGACAACUGUCGGCCAUGAAUCAGUUACAAGUUGUAACUUACAACUUUAUGAACCUCACUCUAGGAAAAUGGGGCUUAAUGCAUGUGAAUAGUAUCUUCUUAGAUUAGCCUGUGCAGUCCACAGAGCUAAACAGGGACACUUUCUGUCUAAACUUAAUUUUCAGUUAGAAGAGACUUCCUCAAAUGGAAAAAUACCAUUAUAGCGGAAAGUGUGCGAGACAACACUUUACACACAAACAUUAGGCCCCAUUUCCCAAGAGCUGGGCUCUAAUAUAUUGUGUAUAAUGCAUGCUUUUAUCACUCUUAACAAUUGUAUAGGUUCUUAAUGCAGAGUGACUGUUUGUAUAGAGGACGUCAAGUUACAUGUGUUGAUUCAGUACACAAGUUACAUGUGUAGAUGUAGUACACAGGUUACAUGUGUUGAUACAGUACACAGGUAACAUGUGUAGAUGUAGUACACAGGUUACAUGUGUUGAUUCAGUACACAAGUUACAUGUGUAGAUGUAGUACACAGGUUACAUGUGUUGCCUCAGUACACAGUUUACAUGUGUUGAUACAGUACACAGGUUACAUGUGUUGAUGCAGUACACAGGUUACAUGUGUUGAAGCAGUACGUAGGUGACAUGUGUUGAUGCAGUACACAGGUUACUAGUGUUGAUGCAGUACGUAGGUUACAUGUGUUGAUACAGUACACAGGUUACAUGUGUUGAUACAGUACACAGGUUACAUGUGUUGAUGCAGUACGUAGGUGACAUGUGUUGAUGCAGUACACAGGUUACUAGUGUUGAUGCAGUACGUAGGUUACAUGUGUUGAUACAGUACACAGGUUACUAGUGUUGAUGCAGUACGUAGGUUACAUGUGUUGAUGCAGUACACAGGUUACAUGUGUAGAUGUAGUACACAGGUUACAUGUGCUUAAACAGUACACAAGUUACAUGUGUUGAUACAGUACACAAGUUACAUGUGUUGAUGCAGUAGACAAGUUACAUGUGCUGCUUCAGUACACUGGUUACAUGUGUUGAUGCAGUACGUAGGUUACAUGUGUUGAUACAGUACACAAGUUACAUGUGUUGAUACAACACACAGGCUACAUGUGUUAAUGCAGUACACAGGUUACAUGUGUUGAUGCAGUACACAGGUUACUUGUGUUGACAUGGUACACAGGUUACAUAUGUUGAUGCAGUUCACAAGUUACAUGUGUUGAUGCAGUACACAGGUUACAUGUGUUGAUGCAGUACACAGGUUACAUGUGUUGAUGUAGUACACAGGUUACAUGUGCUGAUGCAGUACACAAGUUACAUGUGUAGAUGUAGUACACAGGUUACAUGUGUUGAUACAGUACACAGGUUACAUGUGUAGAUGUAGUAAACAAGUUACUUGUGUUGAUGCAGUAGACAAGUUACAUGUGCUGCUUCAGUACACUGGUUACAUGUGUUGAUACAGUAGGUAGGUAACAUGUGUUGAUGCAGUACACAGGUUACAUGUGUUGAUGCAGUACACAGGUUACAUGUGUUAAUGCAGUACACAAGUCACAUGUGUUGCUUCAGUACACAGGUUACAUGUGUUGAUGCAGUACAGUUCACAUGUAUUAAGGUUACUGCUAAAACAAUAUCUAAUGGCUCAUGCAUUUCCCAAAAUGUUGAAUUUUGAACAUUGGUUUUGUUCUUUGAGUCUGUUGGUUGUUCUGAGAUCGGGCAUUCUGCAUUUUAACCCAUGUAUGAUCAUUUCAAUACAAAGUGUUAUUUGAAGGCAGCUAUUGUUGAAUUAUUUUGUUAUUUGUACUUUUUCUUCAUUUUUUUUCUAGUAUAGUUUUGUAUUGUCAAACAUUGUUCUAUAAUCAUGGCAAGAAAAUUAAGCACUUGCUACUCAAUGUUUCCUUAAAUGCCAUAAUUUGAAGACAUCAACAUUUAAUGUACCUUUAUAGGUUUUUAUGUCCCCCACUAUAUUAGUGGGGGACAUAUUGUUUUUGCCCUGUCUGUUGGUCUGUUGGUUGGUCUGUUGGUUGGUUUGCGCCAACUUUAACAUUUUACAAUAACUUUUGCUAUAUUGAAUAUAGCAACUUGAUAUUUGGCAUGCAUGUGUAUCUCAUGGAGCUGCACAUUUUGAGUGGUGCAAGGUCAAGGUCAUCCUUCAAGGUCAGAGGUCAAAUAUGUGGCCAAAAUCGCUCAUUUUAUGAAUACUUUUGAAAUAUUGAAGAUAGCAACUUGAUAUUUGGUAUGCAUGUGUAUCUCAUGGAGCUGCACAUUUUGAGUGGUGAAAGGUCAAGGUCAAGGUCAUCCUUCAAGGUCAGAGGUCAAAUAUAUGUGGCCCAAAUCGCUUUUUUUAUUAAUACUUUUGCAAUAUUGAAGAUAGCAACUUGAUAUUUGGCAUGCAUGUGUAUCUCAUGGAGCUGCACAAUUUGAGUGGUGCAAGGUCAAGGUCAUCCUUCAAGGUCAGAGGUCAAAUAUAUGUGGCCCAAAUCGCUUAUUUUAAUGAAUACUUUUGCAAUAUUGAAGAUGGCAACUUGAUAUUUGGCAUGCAUGUGUAUCUCAUGGAACUGCACAUUUUGAGUGGUGAAAGGUCAAGGUCAUCCUUCAAGGUCAAUGAUAUGGGUCAAAAUUGCUCAUGUAAUGUCACUUCUGCAAUAUUGAAGCUAGCAAUUUUAUAUUUGAAAUGCAUGUGUAUCUCAUGGAGCUGCACAUUUUGAGUGGUGAAGGGUCAAGGUCAUCCUUCAAGGUCAAACGUCAUAUAGGGGGACAUUGUGUUUCACAAACGCAUCUUGUUUUACAUUGGCUUUCUACUUUAAAUUCAAAGCAAAAAAAAAAGUUGAUAAAUGAGGCACAUGUAUGAACAAAACCACAAAACGCUAUGAAAACAUUUCACCUUUUUUGUGUGUACAUGUAAGUCUGUUUUGAUAUUUGUGAGAUGUGAACCCAUAACAUUCUGAUCACAAAUCAAACUUGUCAUGCGUGUCAAAUCAUGCUUGCUGUUGUGUACGCAUAAUUAUUGGGAAACAGUGCGUGCAAAAUUAUUUUGUUUCUUCAGUUGUAUUAAACUUUUCUAAUUUU